CUGGCGGGAAGCUGCAGUGAGAACACACCGCUAAAGGACCGGAGCGUAGCUGUCCGGUGUCCAGUCGUCUCACAAUGUCCCGCGUUCUUAACUGUAUAGUGGCCGUGUGUCCUGACCUGGGUAUCGGGAAGAAUGGAAACCUGCCCUGGCAUCCUGUCAGACUCAACAACGAGUUCAAACAUUUCCGAAAGAUGACAGCGACCUCAUCUGAGAAAGGUAAGCAGAAUGUGGUGAUCAUGGGCAGGAAGACAUGGUUUUCCAUCCCAGAGAAGAACAGACCUCUGAACAACAGGAUCAACAUCGUCCUCAGCAGGGAGUACAAGGCGCCCCCUGCAGGAGCACACUACCUAGCGUCAGACUUCAGCUCAGCUCUUAGGCUCGUCGACACGGAGCUGGCAGACCAGGCUGACCAGGUCUGGGUUAUAGGAGGCAGUUCUCUCUACAAGGAGAUGAUGGAGAGCCCGGGGACCAGGAGACUGUUCGUCACACGAAUCCUGAAGCAGUUCGAGAGUGACACGUUCCUCCCUGAAAUCAGUCUAGACAAAUAUCGUCUGCUGCCGGAGUUUCCAGGAGUACCACAAGAGCUGCAGGAGGAGAAUGGUAUCCAGUAUAGAUUUGAAGUGUAUGAGAGCAUAGAGCAAUGAAGAGGAAGAAAAAUAAGCUGUGUGAUUUUGUAAAUGUGCACCAGACCAAUGUAAAUUCUGGACAUUUAGUGAUUUUUUUUAUGUGAUUUGUAUAGUUGUAUUGUUUUUUUUUUCCAAGACUUGAAAUAAACUGAUUUCAGUGACUCCUACUGUUGAAUUAUUUACAUGUGUUUAUGACAAAUACAUGUAUUCAUGUAUUUUAUCUGGCAUUUUACAGCAGGACCAGCUGAAUAGAUUAGUCUCUGUCCACUCAGUGGAGACAAACCACAGCUGAUUUUUCUUCUCAUCACGGUGACCAUUUCAUCCACCGUGUUUGGCUGCAUUAUUCUUUGUCUCAGUCCAUCUGUCACUUAUUUGUAUUGGAUAAACUCUAGUUUCAAAUGCACAUACAGGGAGUUUAAGCAGUAUUCAGAUCCCAACACAUUUUAUGGGUUUUAGAUUCAGUUAUAAAUAAAUAAAAC